CAGCCCCGGCACGGCCCCGCUCGCCAUGGGCUCCCGCCUGUCCCUGGACGACUCCGUGCGGGUCCUGGUGGUCGGGGGCGGCUUCGGAGGGACGGCAGCCGCCAGCCUGCUCAAGUCCUGGGCCGUCCCUUUCGUGCUGGUGGACGUGAGAGAUGCUUUCCAUCACAACGUGGGCGCCCUCCGGGCCGCCGUGGAGAGCGGAUUUGCCAAGAAGACUUUCAUCUCCUACUCAGCCACCUUUGGGGACAGCUUCCGACAAGGCAAGGUCGUGGACAUAGACCCUGGGAGGCAACGAGUUGUGCUCAGUGAUGGUGAGGAGCUUCACUACUCCCAUCUCAUUCUUGCAACAGGCAGUGAUGGGCCAUUCCCUGGGAAGUUCAACCAAGUCAUUGACAUGGAAAGAGCCAUCCAGACCUAUGAAGACAUGGUCAAAGAGAUUGAGAAAUCUCAGCGCAUCCUGGUAGUGGGAGGUGGUGCUGCUGGAGUGGAGAUGGCUGCCGAGAUCAAAACGGAGUACCCGGACAAAGAGGUCAUCCUCAUUCACUCAAAAACUGCACUGGCUGACGUGGAGCUGCUAGCCAGUGUCCGUCAGGAGGUGAAAGAGAUUCUCCUCAGGAAAGGAGUCCGGCUGCUGUUAAGUGAAAAGGUCAGUGACGUGGAAAACCUCAGGCCAAACCAGUUCCAGAAAGACAUGGUAGUAAGGACCGAGAAGGGCACCGAGGUGGUUGUUGACAUGGUGGUGCUGUGCACAGGGAUAAAGAUUAACUCCUCUGCAUAUGCUGCUGCAUUUGGUGACAAAAUGGCAAGUAAUGGUGCUUUGAGAGUUAACAAGCACCUCCAGCUGGAAGGCUACGAGAACAUCUAUGCCAUUGGGGACUGUGCAGAUCUCAAAGAGCCCAAGAUGGCCUACCAUGCUGGGCUCCAUGCCAACAUUGUGGUGACAAAUAUCAUCAACAGCCUGACACAGAAGCCUCUCAAAAGCUACGAGCCAGGGUCACUAACAUUCCUGCUUUCCAUGGGCAGGAAUGAUGGUGUAGGCCAGGUGAGUGGUUACUAUGUGGGACGUCUCCUGGUGACCAUUGCCAAGAGCCGGGAUCUGUUCGUCUCCAAGAGCUGGAAGACGAUGGGACAGACAAUGCCCUCUUAAGAGGGCACAGCACCUCCUCAAGCCAGCUGUCACUGUGACACGUAAAAGGGGUGCCUGCCUUGCUGUGGAGGGGAAGGAGUCACUUCCCAAAUGAACUGCACACAAGUUGCCAUGCUAAAAAACAGGGAAGAAAGGUUACUUUUAUUUCCCCUGCUGAGAGAGCUCUGAGCAACAAGCUUGGCUUACCUUGAUUUGUAACACUAAACACUGUGGUUUUCAGAAUCUCUGGUUUGUUUGUUAUGUGCUGCUUUUUUGGGUUUUUUUUCCCUGGCUUUCUCUAUUCUUGCUCUUCUAAGAAGAACCUGCUUCUUACAAAUCUGGCAUCUGCUCUGCAGCUUGCAGGGAGAAUGGCUUGUAGUGCUGCCAGGGUAAUGCCUGUCUAAAACCUGGAAGUGGAUAUGGUAGACCUGGAAUUCAACAGAAUAUAAUGCAGCUUUGUGUCAAAAUCUCCUCAGCAGCUUUAAUUACAUCACUUACAGCACCAAACUUCAGCCAGAAAAGCUAUUGGUUGUGAUACAGCAAGCACUUAAUUAUAGAUGCUGCUGCUUUUAUUUUUUCUUCUCUUUUCCUUCUUAAUUUUUUUCUUUUUAGAUUGUGAGAAAUCCCCAGAGAAAAAUUAGGGUUUAUAAUAAUAACCACACUUGACACAUCUUUUUCUUUUUUUCUUAUAAAACAAACAAAAUCACCAUGAAAUAUUCUUAGUAAUUACAGAGGUUAUUGUGAGUUAAAAGCAAAACAGAAGCUCCUCAUGCAUCACUUCUAAAACCCUUUUCACCUCUCUGUGGGCUGAAGUUUACCAUCUACCCUCAAGGGAGGGGAAAAAGGAGCAGGAUAUUUUUAAGAGCUUUCUUGAAAGUGGUGUGUGUGUGUGUGUGUGUGUGUGUG